GGGAGAGACCCACCAUGUGCAGCUCCCUGAGUCCCAAGCAGCCAAUUGGCCCAGGCCUGACGGACAUGCAGCAGUACAGCCAAUGGCUGGCCAGCCGCCACGAAGCCAGCCUUCUGCCAAUGAAGGAAGACCUGGCCCUGUGGCUAACCAGCAUGCUGGGUCUGGAGAUCACAGCAGAGAGCUUCAUGGAGCGUUUGGACAAUGGCUUCCUGCUGUGCCAGCUGGCUGAGACGCUACAGGAGAAGUUCAAGCAGAAUCAGACACAGAACCGUGGAGAACUUCCUCUUGGCAAUGGAAAG